GCUGCCGAGCAAGCCAGUCUUGAAAUUAUCGACAAAAUAAAUUGUUUUUUUUUAAAUUAUGUGCCAUUCUUAGAUUAAAGAAAUAUGUUAGUUCAAACAUUAUUUUGGCAAUGGUGGCUGAUUUUGGGGGUUAUAACGGUAUCAGCGAACGAUGUUAGCCCACCACAUAUACUUUUUAUAGUGGCUGAUGAUAUGGGCCAUAAUGAUGUUUCAUAUCUCGGUUCGGACCAAAUCUCCACACCUAACCUUGACGCUCUCGCGACUCGUGGUGUAAUUUUAAAGCAGUACUACAGUGAAGCAUCAUGUACACCUGCUAGGACCGCGCUACUUACAGGAAAAUACCCCAUCAGAACUGGAAUGCAAGGAUUUCCUUUGUACAACUCAGAAGAUCGAGGUAUUCCACUGACUGAGAAGCUGUUGCCAGCUCAUUUGAAGGAUAUAGGUUAUGAUACGCAUUUAGUUGGAAAAUGGCAUCUUGGAAUGUCGAGCAAAGCAUUUUUGCCACAGAAUCGAGGUUACGAUAGCCACUAUGGAAUGCGCGGAGGAUUCAUCGAUUAUUUGUCAUACCAUAAAGUGGAGGAGUGGCCUAACGGUACACUAAUGUUUGGUUUGGAUUUCUUUGACAACGAUAUACCUCAAAUAACUGAAGAGCGAUAUGCUGUGGACGCUCUAACAGACAGAGCCAUUGAGAUUAUAUUUGGUCAUAAUUCGUCCACACCACUCUUUCUUCACUAUUCUUCGUGUGCGCCACAUGCGGGUAAUGCUGGCGGAGCAUUGCAACCACCGCUAUAUAAAAAGCUUGGCAGCAAACACAUUGCUAACUCAAAUAGACGACUUUAUGCAGAGGUUGUGCGACAUCUUGACUACAGCGUGGGACGACUCGUCAGGGCGUUGGCCGAUAAAGGCAUUCUUCAAAAUACGCUUAUCGUAUUCGUGUCUGAUAAUGGUUCUCCCACUUCAGGAAUGUUUAGAAAUUGGGGAAUCAAUUUGCCUUUUAGGGGCCGUAAACAAACUCCCUGGGAGGGAGGGGUAAGAGUUCCAGCAUUCAUUUGGCACGCGGGCUUGAAACCAAAUGUUUGGGAUGGUCUUAUGCAUAUUUCUGAUUGGAUGCCAACGUUACUCGCAGCUGCUGGCAGAAGGUUUGAUGAAAAAAUUGACGGAAUUAACCAAUGGCCUUCAAUAUUACAAGGACAACAAUCUCCAAGAAAAGAAGUGUUGGUUAGUGUUGAAGAUAGAGAUAAUGGAUACGCAGCUUUGCGCAUGGGUGAUUACAAACUAUUAAUUGGCAAUUUCACCGGAAUUGGUAGCGCUUACUAUGGAGCUGAAUUCUUGCCAAAUAAAGAAAAGCCACCAGAUUUUUACGACUCGCUGGCGUCGUCUGAAGUUGCUAAGAUGUUUUCAACUUUGGGAAUUACUUACGACUAUGGGGACGUUAUCGCUACGAGGAAAGCGACUUUGGUGAAGCAAAUAGACACGGUUACUGACCAAGUACCUUGUAUACCAACACCAAACCGCGGUUGCCUCUACAACCUUAAAAAAGAUCCAGCUGAGAGUCACGACUUAUGGCUUCGUGGGCAGAAAAUCGUUUCCUUGAUGACUAUGCGCCUGCGAUCUUUUUGGUCUCAAAUGGUUAGACGAGGACCAACCGAAUUAAAUAUGGACGCAGAUCCAGCUCUUCACAACUAUGUGUGGUUGACGUGGCUCAACAAUGUCACCCAAGAGAAUCCUCUUAACGAGAAAGAAUUUUAUAAGUAUGCAACGCCGUUCAACAUGGGCUGUGAAUGUGCGAAAAGCUGGCAAAAUUUCUUGUGUAUUAUAAGGAGUGUGCUUCAAUAGUUCGGUAUCGAAAUUUUAAGGAAUGCGAUGCAAUUGAGAAAGUAGUUCAUAUAUAUCGUAUACGCACAAAUAAAUAUAAGCCAUAAUAAUUGUUUUUUAUAUCAACUAGUCAUCAACAGUGUAGCAGGCCUUUUUUGUAUUAUCUGAAAUCUAUAGCACAAAUCAAAGUACAA